ACUCGAGUCAAUAACGUUGUUGUCUGAAUUCUAAAAGCCAAAAAUAUCCACCAAAUUAACUCAAUUUUGCCAUUUUUCCUUGUGUGUGCCCACUCACACACACAAACAACUAACAGGCACUACAAAAAAGCAACACAAGAAAGACUCUCACAUCACAUUUUCACAAAGGCUUAAAGACAGUUUACAGAGCGAUCAAAAAAACCAACACAACCGCCGCGAGUGGCGACGGUGACACCGCGGUUUUCCCCCUUCUGUGUGGCGGAGCAACCACCGCUUCCGCCAACCCUCCUCAUUUCCCCCAUUUUUAUCUCUCUUCUUCUGAAACCAAACCUUUACGCAACCGACCCACAUGCCCCUCCUCUCUAUAUAAUCUAUAAAGUAUUGAAAACCCAAUUUUAAUUUUCUUUUUUUUUUUUUUUCCCUUAUCCAAAGCGACAACCUUUUUGGUUUUCAGUUCGUUCGACAAAUAUCCCAGAACAACAUAUCUGAUAUCUUACAGAGACGGCUGCAUUUGAGAUCCUCUUGAUAUCUUACCAUUCAAUUUUCAAAUCAUUUGACGUCCUUCCCAUCAGCCCAUUUCAAUAUUUUUAUGCUCUUCCCCUCUCACUUGACUGCUUCUGUAUCUGUCUCUGUUUGUGAAUGAGGGAAUUUUCUUAAUCGAAUGAAUCUCCUUUUCUGUAUCUUACAUUGAAAAUUACAAACGCCCUUUUUUUUUGUGGCUCUAUCCAUCAGUUAAUUGGGACCUUGAAUUUCGGUUUGAUCCUUGCCGAUCUUCAUCGGGAUCGCUGUUUCUAAUCAUUUCAUUAAUUGACAGCUGCUGGCUUUGAAUACUUAAAUAUCAACUGUCUGUAUACAUUGAAAGAAGAGAUAUAAUCACUCGCACAUAAACGCUGACUUCUGGGUUAUAUGCAACAAAGCUUGGUUUAGAAAUCAAAAGCUUUGUGAAGGGAUUCAGAAUUCAGCUGAUUAAAUUUAUACAGGUGUAAGCGGUAAAAAAUGGUGGGAGGUGGAAACAGAAAGGCUGAUUUAGUGAUAAGCAAUAACAACGUGUUUGCGGCAUUGGGAACUCUUAGGAGGAAGAAGAAGGCUUCUGAUAAGAAGAGUUCUGGUUCUUCUACCAACAGGCAGGAUCAAAAGGAGCCAGCCCCCGAGCCUCAGGUGUACUGGGCUCCGGCCCCAUUGACUGCCAAAUCAUGGGCUGAUGUGGAUGAUGAAGAUGACGAUGAUUAUUACGCCACCACCGCCCCACCCCCCUCGGUUUGGGGGCCCGAUACUCCUUCCCAGGACGCUUUGCCCUCUGAUAAAGAAAAUUCAACUCUGAUUGAGGAAAGCGAAAGUGAGGAAGAUGGCCUUGACGAUGUGGAUGAUGAUAACGAGGAAGAACAUGAGCAUACACCUGACAUAAUAGUGCCAGAGAAAGAUCCCAUCGUUGAGAAGGCUCCUGAAGUUGUUGCCCCUAAGGAGUCUGAAAGGCAGUUAUCUAAGAAGGAAUUGAAGAAAAAGGAACUCGCUGAACUUGAAGAAAUGCUUGCUGAAUUUGGCUAUAACAAGCCUGAAGGCCAAACUGCACCUCGAGAAACUUCAGAAGGUAAGAAGGGAUUGACUCCAAAUGAGGAGGGUAAGAAGGAGAACAACAUUGCUUCUGGGGAGAGCAAAAAUGCAAAAAAGAAGAAAAAGAAGGACAAAUCUUCAAAGGAGACUAAAGAACAGCAGGAUCAGCCCUCUGGUGUUGAAGAUGGAAAUGGAGGUGAUGCAAAACCGGGGUCCGAAAAAGCAGAAGAUGGACCAGCUGUGGACAUCAAAGACAAGAUAAAAAAGGUUGCAUCCAUGAAGAAGAAAAAGUCUAGCAAGGAGAUGGAUGCUGCUGCCAGAGCUGCGGCAAGUGAGGCUGCAGGAAGGAACGCGAGGAUAGCCGCAGCAAAGAAGAAGGAGAAGAAUCACUACAACCAGCAGCCCAUUCGGUGAAUGAUUUAUGGAGUUCAAGAUAAACUUUAGUAAUCAAUAAGCAUCAAGAGUUUCAUUGGAUGGAGAGGGAUAUUCCGUUUUUCGGUUUUGAGGGAAAUUGAUCAUAGAAACUAGGAUAAACUAUUUUCUCUAAACUGCUUCUUCCUUUUUUUAUCCCCCUCCCUUUUCACCUGUCUGGUAGGUUUUGAGCAAAGGUUACAUUAACAUGGAUGUUUUUACCUUACUUCAAACUUUCUGAAACUUACCAUUCCGAAUCGAUAGUAUAUUAUGGUAGUUUAACUUUGCAAUAAAUGCUAC